AUGACUGUCGAGGGCCUUCUCGAUCUGUAUCAGGGCCAGGUUGUCCCAAAGGCAUACAAUGCGGGCUACGUCGCUCUGAGCUACCUUAUCAGUUUGGUGGGCGCUGCUUCGACUCUCGAAUUGAUCAAUCGGCGAUCAUGGUUCAACGGUAUUUCAAAUCAUCUCGUACUUGGGAGCUCUGCAGUCACUAUGGGUGGUAUAGCUAUUUGGUGCAUGCAUUUCAUUGGAAACCAAGCGCUCGUCCUCGCUGGCGGGGAGGCACAGAUGCAGAUUGUCUAUUCCAGCGGCAUCACAGUACUUUCUUUCUUUUUGCCUGUCCUUUUUCUUCUUGCCGCGUUUUACGCCAUAGGUAUCUCGAACCGAGUUUCUUGGUGGAGAGUGAUAACUGCCGGUAUCCUCUGCGGUGCAGCCAUCUGCGGGAUGCACUACUUGGCUAAUGCUUCCAUCAAAAACUACCGCUGCAUCUAUAGUAUUGCAUACAUCGUCGGGGCUGCUACGAUUGCUGUUGUUGCCAGCACCGUGGCUCUGGCCAUGUUCUUCAUUUUCCAGUCCCUCUCGGCGAGUACUUGGUGGAAGCGGACCAUCUCUGCUAUCGUCCUGGCUGGAGCGGUGUCCAGUAUGCAUUGGUGUGCCUCUGUUGGUACCCAGUAUCGACUAGUUCAGCUCAUGGAAAUGGAAACAGGAUCACGUACUGCGACUGUUAUUGCAGUUAUUUGUUUGUCACUUGGUGCCUGUAUCAUCAUUGCUGGAUCAGCGAUUCUCCGAUCCCGUACCCUUAAGCAAGCAGCUCUUCGCGCCCAGCAGAUUGAAUUGGGUGCUAUUGUGUUUGAUAAGAACGGGCGUCUUCUCGUUGAUUCCAGUGGAGUUUUCCCGAGUACUGUUAUCACUGAUUUCUUCAUUGGCGAGAACGCCAAGGAAAGAUUCAAUACCUCUCAUCCACAGUUUCAUUGGAUGUUCCAAGCCUCGCGGAAUUGGAUCGGUAUUUCAGGACUGAUAAAUGGUAUGAAACAGCAUCUAGCACAAUUACCACACAAGAGCCGCCAUAAAGACGCCAGGAAGGGGAUUCAACUCAUUACCGACGACGGGAAACAUAUAGAGGGAUACGAGAUUAUUUUUCGCGAACUAUUCUGCGUUGCCGCCUCUGUACUCAGCGACCGCCUCAACGAACCUCUCACAACGAUUGGGAUCCUAUGGGAUGAUAUCCUACCGAAAGGCACAGUUGCAAACCCAGCUUACCUUCAAGCACUCGAAAAGCACCGAGCCGAUCAAACCGUGGAAUCGAUCGAGACGAGCAGCAAAGGCUCAACAACGGUUGGUCACGGUCACCUGGAGAGCGGAGUCGGAUUUGGGAACGGGAUGGAGGCACGAGGCGCGCUGAUGUUUCUGGUUCGCCGCCUUACAUCAGAUGACGAGGUACAAAAACUCAGAUCGGCCGGAUAUCGUUUUGUCGACCCUGGCCAAGUAAGCAACAAUGCAGGGUCCCAUUUGCAGAUCCAGCCUACCGAAUUCGAGUUAAAACUUCGCGACAUGAGAAACUUCAUUGAUCACCAAGUUCGGAUCAAGUCUGGAGCCCAGCUGGCCUUUUUCUCCGUCCAGGAUCCAGGGCUCAACGCGUCUCAAGUCCUGGUGCGAAAGGACACUCGUCAUUUACUGCCCUCAGUACCAUUACACAUCGAAAAGUUCCAAGAAUCCCACAUGGGGCUUUUGCGAGGACUUGCUGGCUUACCAGUGCCCGAAGUCAUCCAGAGGUUGAGGACAACAGGUGCAACGUCGCACACUCCUGAAGAGGCUCAUUUUGCCGAGCGUCUUUCCAAUGCUAUCAGCUCACUACGUGGCUGGGUACAGGAACCUCUUUAUAACGAUGCAGUGUUGGCAUCAUCUAUCGUGCGACUUCCUUUUGGUAUUGACGGCGAUCAAGUAGACGAGACUGUGAUGAUGGCCUUGCGACUGAAGAUCCAUCAUCCCGUCAUCUCCUCUGGUCCCAACUGCCAAUGGGCCCCAUUGAACUUUUUCAAGAUGCGACAAGUGCUGGAGCAGUCUCGACAGGAAUUCAUACGGGCUAUCCACCAUGACUUCAAUCCUUUAAACCUGCCUACAAGCUGGGCUAACAAUAAGCUUACUUCUGGACCUUUUUCAACACUCCGGCGACUGAACAGUGCCGUGGCCUCGGCAGAUUUGAAGGGCAGGAAACGAGCUCCGUUACAAGAUCCUGCACGGUCAACCUCAACAAUCAACUUAUGUCCUCCAGGAGGUAGCGAAGGCAACAACGAGCGCCCUCAGUCGACAGAAACAGUGGGCGCCUACGCCCCUCCUGAGCGACAUUACGUCGCACAUCAGCAACCAUUCUUAAACGGUGGUAUUGUGGUAUUCCAGGAAGUCAGCGUUCAAGUUGAAGCCAAGAAAAACCAACCCCGAAAUGAUUUAGCACCGUCUUGGAGUCAUGAGACAGUCACCGAGCCACCUCGUGCACGCCAACAACAUUCUCAGCAAGGUUCUCAACAUAAAUUGCCAAUAACACAAGAUCUUGAGUUGCAGCCGUAUGGAUGGGGGAAAACAGAUGUUUCUGUUCAAUCUCGUUGGGUAGAUGAUCUUGGCCAAGUGGAUAGCAACAUAACCACAAUUGCUUCCUUUGUAGAUGCUUUGCUAGCAGAGUCUAAUAACUCCAGCACCUAA